AUGAACCUUCUACAACCAUCACUGGUGUGUCAACAACAACUGUCUUCAUCAACAACUGGUGAACCCACUACAACCAUCACUGGUGUGUCAACAACAACUGGUGAACCCACUACAACCAUCACUGGUGUGUCAACAACAACUGGUGAACCGACUCCAACUAUAACUGAGUCAUCGUCAACAACUGGUGAACCCACUACAACCAUCACUGAGUCAACAAAAACAACUGGUCAACAAACUAGAUCAGUCACUGGUGCAUCGACAACAAUUGGUGAACCCACUACGACCAUCACUGAGUCAACAAAAAAUACUGUUCAACCCACAUCAACAGUCAAAGCUGUGUCGACAAUAACUGGUGAACCCACCACGACAAUCACUGGUGUUUCUACAACAACUAAUGAACCUUCUACAACCAUCACUGGUGUGUCACCAACAACUGGUGAACCCACUACAACUAUCCUUGAGUCUUCAUCAACAACUGGUGAACCCACUACAACCAUCACUGAGUCAACAAAAACAACUGGUGAACCCACUACAACUGUUACUGGGGCAUCGACAACAACUGGUGAACCCACUACAUCCAUCACGGUUUCAUCAACAACAACUGGUGAACCCACUACAACCAUCACUGAGUCAACAAAAAAUACUGUUCAACCCACAUCAACAGUCAAAGCUGUGUCGACAACAGCUGGUGAACCCACUACGACAAUAACUGGUGUUUCUACAACAACUAAUGAACCUUCUACAACCAUCACUGGUGUGUCAACAACAACUGGUGAACCCACUACAACUAUCAUUGAGUCUUCAUCAACAACUGUUGAACCCACUACAACCAUCACUGCUGUGUCUACAACAACUGGUGAACCCACUACAACUAUCAUUGAGUCUUCAUCAACAACUGGUGAACCCACUACAACCAUCACUGAGUCAACAAAAACAACUGGUGAACCCACAACAACAGUCACUGCUGUGUCGACAACAACUGUUGAACCCACUACAACUGUUACUGGGGCAUCGACAACAACUGGUGAACCCACUACAUCCAUCACGGUUUCAUCAACAACAACUGGUGAACCCACUACAACCAUCACUGAGUCAACAAAAACAACUGGUGAACCCACUUCAACAGUCACUGCUGUGUCGACAGCAACUGGUGAACCCACUACAUCCAUCACAGUUUCAUCAACAACUGAUGAACCCACUACAAGCAUCACUGAGUCAACAAAAAAUACUGUUCAACCCACAUCAACAGUCAAAGCUGUGUCGACAAUAACUGGUGAACCCACCACGACAAUCACUGGUGUUUCUACAACAACUAAUGAACCUUCUACAACCAUCACUGGUGUGUCAACCACAACUGGUGAACCCACUACAACUAUCAUUGAGUCUUCAUCAACAACUGGUGAACCCACUACAACCAUCACUGAGUCAACAAAAACAACUGGUGAACCCACAACAACAGUGACUGCUGUGUCGACAACAACUGGUGAACCCACUACAACCAUCACUGCUGUGUCAACAACAACUGGUGAACCCACAACAACAGUCACUGAGUCAACAAAAACAACUGUUGAACCCACUACAACUGUUACUGGGGCAUCGACAACAACUGGUGAACUCACUACAUCCCCCAUCACGGUUUCAUCAACAACAACUGAUGAACCCACUACAACCAUCACUGAGUCAACAAAAACAACUGGUCAACCCACAUCAACAGUCAAAGCUGUGUCGACAACAACUGGUGAACCCACUACAACUGUUACUGGGGCAUCGACAACAACUGGUGAACCCACUACAUCCAUCACGGUUUCAUCAACAACAACUGAUGAACCCACUACAACCAUCACUGAGUCAACCAAAACAACUGGUGAACCCACUUCAACAGUCACUGCUGUGUCGACAACAACUGAUGAACCCACUACAAGCAUCACUGAGUCAACAAAAACAACUGUUCAACCCACAUCAACAGUCAAAGCUGUGUCGACAACAACUGGUGAACCCACUACAACUGUUACUGGGGCAUCGACAACAACUGGUGAACCCACUACAUCCAUCACGGUUUCAUCAACAACAACUGAUGAACCCACUACAACCAUCACUGAGUCAACCAAAACAACUGGUGAACCCACUUCAACAGUCACUGCUGUGUCGACAACAACUGGUGAACCCACUACAAGCAUCACUGAGUCAACAAAAACAACUGUUCAACCCACAUCAACAGUCAAAGCUGUGUUGACAACAACUGGUGAACCCACCAUGACAAUAACUGGUGUUUCUACAACAACUAAUGAACCUUCUACAACCAUCACUGGUGUGUCAACAACAACUGGUGAACCCACUACAACUAUCAUUGAGUCUUCAUCAACAACUGGUGAACCCACUACAACCAUCACUGUGUCAACAACAACUGGUGAACCCACUACAACUGUUACUGUCACUGCUGUGUCGACAACAACUGGUGAACCCACUACAAGCAUCACUGAGUCAACAAAAACAACUGUUCAACCCACAUCAACAGUCAAAGCUGUGUUGACAACAACUGGUGAACCCACCACGACAAUAACUGGUGUUUCUACAACAACUAAUGAACCCACUACAACCAUCACUGGUGUGUCAACAACAACUGGUGAACCCACUACAACUAUCAUUGAGUCUCCAUCAACAACUGGUGAACCCACUACAACCAUCACUGGUGUGUCAACAACAACUGGUGAACCCACUACAACUAUCAUUGAGUCUCCAUCAACAACUGGUGAACCCACUACAACCAUCACUGGUGUGUCAUCAACAACUGGUGAACCCACUACAACCAUCACUUCUGUGUCGACAACAACUGUUGAACCCACUACGGCUGUCACUGAGUCAACAAAAACAACUGGUGAACCCACAACAACAGUCACUGAGUCAACAAAGACAACUGGUGAACCCACUUCAACAGUCACUGAGUCAACAAAAACAACUGGUGAACCCACUACAACUGUUACUGGGGCAUCGACAACAACUGGUGAACCCACUACAUCCGUCACUGUUUCAUCAACAACAACUGAUGAACCCACUACAACCAUCACUGAGUCAACAAAGACAACUGGUGAACCCACUUCAACAGUCACUGAGUCAACAAAAACAACUGGUGAACUCAAAACAACAGUCACUGGUGUGUCGACAACAACGGUUACAGCUGCACCCACUACAACUGUCACUGUAGAAUCAACAUCAACUGUUGAUCUUACUUCAUCCAUCAUUGGUGUGUCAACAACAAGUGAUGCAUCAACAACUACUGUUAUGGCUACAACAACUAAAACUGUCACGGAUGUAUCGACUACAACUGGUGAACCCACUACAACCAUCAAGGUUUCAUCAACAACAACUGGUGAACCCACUACAACUGUUACUGGUGCAUCGACCACUACUGGUGAACCCCCUAAAACCAUCACUGAGUCAACAAAAACAACUGUUCAACCCACAUCAACAGUCACUGCUGUGUCGACAACAACUGGUGAACCCACUACGACAAUCACUGGUAUUUCUACAACAACUAAUGAACCUUCUACAACCAUCACUGGUGUGUCGACAACAACUGGUGAAGCCACUACAACUAUCAUUGAGUCUUCAUCAACAACUGGUGAACCCACUACAACCAUCACUGGUUUGUCACCAACAACUGGUGAACCCACUACAACCAUCAUUGAUGCAUCAAAAACAACUGGUGAACCCACUACGACCGUAACUGGUGUGUCGACAACAACUGGUGAACCCACUACGACCGUAACUGGUGUGUCAACAACAACUGGUGAACCUACUUCAACCAUCAUUGAUGUAUCGACAACGACAAGCGAACCCAUUACAAACUUUACUGGUGCAUUGACAACAACGAUUACAGCUGCACCCACUACAACUGUAAGUGUUGCAUUGACAAAAACUGAAGAUCUCACUUCAACCGUCCCUGGUGUGUCGACAACAACUUUUGAACCCUCUUCAGUCAUCACUGGUGUGUCGACAACGACUGUUACAGCUUUACCCACUACAACCAUCACUAGUGCAUCAAAUGCCACCACAACUACAAUGGCUACUCCUGUCAUCACUACUGCUAUCAUCACAGCCACGACAACUGCAACUACCGCUGUUGCAAACUCUAGGGUUCCUGUGGUGUUCAGGUCCAGCAGAGAGACAUUUACCUCUGACCUAUCAAAUCCAUCUUCUCAGGCCUUUCAAACCCGAGCAUUGCUGAUUAAAACUCAGCUUGAACCUUUCUAUCGAUCGGCUUUCACCUCUUUCAACAGUUUGACUGUAACAGAAUUCAGCUCUGGAUCCAUCAUCAAUACUGUAAAUGUAGCAUUCAGCUCCCCCUCGGUCCCUAAUAUCACAGAGAUUGGCACUGUUUUGAUAAAUGCUGCUCAAAACAUCACAGCUUUCAAUAUUGACCCCAACUCAGUGACGGUCAACAGCACAGCUGCUCCUGCAACAAGUACUGUUCCUCCUACAACUUCUGUUACUACCACUGUGGCUGGUACUACCACCACAACAACUGGAGAACCUGUCCCUGUUCGUGCUACCGUUCCUACAACGAGACCCACAACUACAACCACUACAUAUGUGGCCCCCACAACUACAGUGUCAAGGACAGCAUCACCACUGUCAACAACUACCAGCACAGCUCCAACUACCACAACAACCAAUGCACCAACCACUACAACAACACAUACUACUACUACUAGUACAGCAACAACAACAACUGCAACAACAACUACUACAACUGCACAUCUUCAACCUGCUCCAGUGGUGUCUUUCGUCAUACAACAAGUGUUUGUAGAAGCUUUAAAUGACCCUCAAAGUACACAAUUCCAAGAACUUGCAGUAACUAUUACUGCAGUGUUCGAUGUGAUCUACAAAGCAAAAUAUGGGAUCCUUUUCAUCCGGACGAUUGUUCUUGGAUUCACACCUAUUUUCCAUUCCCGUAUGGAUGCAGAAACACAGGCAGAGGUCCAACUGGUGUUCAAUGAGACCUCCACUCAAUCUGUCCCUGAGGUUACUGACAUUAGGGAUACACUGAAAGAAGCUGUGACCAAUCCAAACAUUACCUUUGGCAACCUCUCAGUGGAUGUCACCACCAUCAUUGUUCAAGUGCCCACCACAAAUAACAACACAACUACAACGGCUACUCCUGUCAUCACUACUGCUAUCAUCACAACUACAACCACUGAAACUACCGUUGUGGCACUCACUAAGGUGACUGUGGUGUUCCGGUCCAGCGGAGAGACAUUUACCUCUGACCUAUCAAACACAUCUUCUCAGGCCUUUCAAACCCGAGCAUUACUGAUUAAAACUCAGCUUGAUCCUUUCUAUCGAUCGGCUUUCACCUCUUUCAACAGUUUGACUGUAACAGAAUUCAGCUCUGGAUCCAUCAUCAAUACUGUAAAUGUAGCAUUCAGCUCCCCCUCGGUCCCUAAUAUCACAGAGAUUGGCACUGUUUUGAUAAAUGCAGCGCAAAACAUCACAGCUUUGGAAAUUGACCCCAACUCAGUGACGGUCAACAGCACAGCCACAAAAACUCUUACCAGUGCAAUAACAACAAGUGGCUUAUCGACAAGAACUGGUGAACCCACUACACCCGUCACCAGUGUGUCGACAAUGAGUGGUGUAUCAACAACUGCUGUUACAGCCGAACCCGCUGCAGCUGUCAUUGAUGCACCGACAACAACAGCUGCUCCUGCAACAAGUUCUGUUCCUCCUACAACUUCUGUUACUACCACUGUGGCUGGUACUACCACCAUAACAACUGGAGAACCUGUCCCUGUUCGUGCUACCGUUCCUACAACGAGACCCACAACUACAACCACUACAUAUGUGGCCCCCACAACUACAGUGUCAAGGAAAGCAUCACCACUGUCAACAACUACCAGCACAGCUCCAACUACCACAACAACCAAUGCACCAACCACUACAACAACACAUACUACUACUACUAGUACAGCAACAACAACAACUGCAACAACAACUACUACAACUGCACAUCUUCAACCUGCUCCAGUGGUGUCUUUCGUCGUACAACAAGUGUUUGUAGAAGCUUUAAAUGACCCUCAAAGUACACAAUUCCAAGAACUUGCAGUAACUAUUACUGCAGUGUUCGAUGUGAUCUACAAAGCAAAAUAUGGGAUCCUUUUCAUCCGGACGAUUGUUCUUGGAUUCACACCUAUUUUCCAUUCCCGUAUGGAUGCAGAAACACAGGCAGAGGUCCAACUGGUGUUCAAUGAGACCUCCACUCAAUCUGUCCCUGAGGUUACUGACAUUAGGGAUACACUGAAAGAAGCUGUGACCAAUCCAAACACUUUCUUUGGCAACCUCUCAGUGGAUGUCACCACCAUCAUUGUUAAAGUGCCCACCACAAAUAACAACACAACUACAACGGCUACUCCUGUCAUCACUACUGCUAUCAUCACAACUACAACCACUGAAACUACCGUUGUGGCACUCACUAAGGUGACUGUGGUGUUCCGGUCCAGCGGAGAGACAUUUACCUCUGACCUAUCAAACACAUCUUCUCAGGCCUUUCAAACCCGAGCAUUACUGAUUAAAACUCAGCUUGAUCCUUUCUAUCGAUCAGCUUUCACCUCUUUCAACAGUUUGACUGUGACAGAAUUCAGCUCUGGAUCCAUCAUCAAUACUAUGAAUUUAGCAUUCAGAUCCUCCUCCGUCCCAAAUUCCAGGGAGAUUGGCACUGUUUUAAUAAAUGCCGCCCCAAAAAUCACAGCUUUCAACAUUGACCCCACCUCAGUGAGAGUCAACGACACAGCUGUGACCUCAAGUGGAAUAAGCAGCAAGACCAGUCUCUGCACAGCAUUCUUUCUGGUGGUUCUGUCGCUGCUACUAUCCAGCCAGCAUUAGUCUCAGUGGCAACGCCCACUAAAAACACUAUUUCACUCACUGGCAAGCAGCAGAACGAAAUAGUGUGUGUCGUCAUAUUUUCACUUUGAGAACUUCCCACACAUUCCAACCCCUACCCCAAUUCCACCCAUGAUUUGAAUAGUGUCCAAAAAUGAAAUCAAGUCUUGUAUGCUGACAUAAGAUACACUAUGUGUGGCAGUUGAACACAACGAUGUGAUAUAAUUACUGCCUAUUCAAUCAACAUCUGUAAGUGUAUGGGUUUCCGUCAUAAGUCGAUGUUAUUUCCAUGCCAUGAAAAAUUAUGUUUGAUUUAAUAUGUACUUAAGGUUAUUUUUGAUUCGCUCUGUUGCUGAUAUGAACUAAAACGUUGAUUCACUCUGUUGCUGUUAUGAACUAAUGAGAGCAAUAUUUUAUUUUCUAUUUUGACUUAACCAGUGAAACCUGGAUAACUGAUUUAAAUAAGGCCCUUUUUGAGCAAAAUGUUCUACAAUUUAAACUAUUGUCAAUGUAGUUUUCAUUCUGUUUUCUAUUCUUCGUCAUGUAUAACUAUCUAUUAUACCAAUGUCUUACUGCUGUUGAGAUUCAGGCCAUUGUAGUGUUUACUAUUUGUUGACUAAAUGAGUGGAUUGAAUGACAA